ACAAGCCAUCCUCACCAAAGCUGUUCUUUGAUGGCAUCAUAGCUGCUUUAUUUCUAAUUAAAAGCUCUACAGCAAGAAGCAGCUGCAACUGUAGAACAGUCAACAUCUAAUAUUCUAUAAAACAGCUAUUUCAACCACAAUGAGUAUUGCAAGUCUGCCGACCAAAUCAGAGGUGAUGGGCUGGAACUGUGCAAACCUAGCUGACUAUCUAAAAAAUAUGAGACUGAUGGGGUGUGACAGAGUGGUGAAGAAAAAUAAUAUGAGUGGCGCAAAAUUCUUGAAUAUGACUGAUAAGGAACUUAAGAAGUUCCCCACAGCACAUAUACCAUAUAUCACAAAGGUAUGCAAAGACAUUAACCAAAAUAACAAACAAAGGAAGAAUCCAUUUAAUCGAUCAGAACAUCUGAUGCCUCCAAACCAAGAGCCUAAUGUUGGAGGUUGGGAUUCGGAUGAAUUUGACCAAGCACAAAGUGACGAUGACUAUGAGCAACCAGAUAACAACGACCAUGCUGGCAAUUACAUAUGUGCAGCCUCACGCGAUUUAGAGGAAGAGGAGAACACUGAUGACGAUUAUGAACCACCCCCUACUGAAAUAAUGUCUGACAUACCGAGUAACUUCCGCGUUGCUAAGCCUCUGGGAGAUGGUGAUUAUUUGGAUAGCGCCCCUCGUGGUUCAUGUGCCAGGAUUACAACGCUCACCCAAGACAACAGGUCUGCAUCCCUUCCCAGAGUCCCUAUGAAUAAAUCUAAGCCUCCAUCACGACCAGAUCCCUCUCCACAGAGGCAUUUCGUGCCCCAAAGUAAAUCCAAAGCUGGUCCAGCUAUGCCAAUGAUAGAUCGCAGUAAGAAACCAGGCUUAUCUACUCCCUUCAAAAUUGAUUCUGGCAAACCAGCAAGAAGCAAUCCUGUAAACAUCUUACCAAUGGCCUCGAAAUCAGCGACUUUACCCAACCUGAUAUUUAACUCCCAACAGAGGGAGGAGUUUCCGCCCCCUCCUUUGCCAUCAAAUGUGAUGAUGGAGCAGGGCAUGGAUCCACAGUGGUACGUGGGGCAAAUGAAACGAGGCGAGUCAGAAUUCUCCCUCAGACAAGUGAAUAAAGAUGGCACUUUCUUGGUGAGAGACAGCUCAAAAGGAGGCAUAGACCAGCCAUACACACUUAUGGUGUUGCACCAACAAAAAGUGUACAACAUCCAGAUCCGUUGCCUUGGAAACAACUGUGGUUAUUCCCUGGGCACAGGCCUAAAUGGCAUUGAGAAUUUUUCCAGUGUUAUGGACAUGGUCACACACCACAUGAAGACACCACUGAUUCUGAUAGAUGCAAUGGAGCGUGGAGCUGGACCUCAGCGACAGUGCUGUCUCAUGCACCCUGCAGGCUUCUGAGCCAGACAUUAGAUGUGCCAUCUACAUAAUUCUGACUAGGUUCCAAUGUGAGGCAGAUUUUGAAUUCAAGAGUUUGUGGAAAAUGCACCAACUAUGAUGUUUCAUCGCCAGGAUAUUUAUACGCUUAAAAAAUACAUGACUAGAAAGCUAUACUAAUAAAUCAUAUUCAGUAUAAUUCAAUCAGACAAGACUGAGUAAUUUUUUUCAAACAGAGGUACAUGUUUUAAAGUUUUUAAUUCAGAGGUCAUUUUUUUCACUUUAAUUGUUCACUUGUCUGUUCUAAAUUAAAUUGUUACAUGCACAAUGAAAUGCCUUUAGUUUUAAUUCGAAGUAUGUGCUCUCAGAGUUU